UAUGGUCUAGGGACAGCGCAUGGUCAGCCUGCAGACCUGGGUUAUUUCCGGAAGCGAAGCCGGCUGCUUUCCCUCUGCUUCCGCAGGGCUCGGAGUGGGUCCCGGGACUAGUGGCGAGGGUAUCUUGAAUUCUAUAUUUCGCUGAGGAGGGUCCUGAACUGUUGAUCCUUCUGCCUCCACUUCUCAAGUGCUAAGAUUAUAGACUUUAUGAUGCAUUAUAGCAGUGUCCUGAUUCUGAAAGUUUCUAUGUGUGUGGAUCCCAGAAUUUACUGAGAGAUGGAGGAGCCUCAGAAAAAUGACCUGAACACGACAGGGCUGGAGGAAGAUAGUCCCGUCAAAAGCACCGGCCCUCAGAUUUCUGCUAGUGAAUUUUCCUGUCAUUGCUGUUAUGACACCCUGGUUAACCCCACCACCUUGAACUGUGGCCAUAGCUUCUGCCGGCACUGCCUAGCUUUAUGGUGGAUGUCUUCAAAGAAGACAGAGUGUCCAGAAUGCAGAGAAAAAUGGGAAGGUUUCCCCAAAGUCAACAUUCUCCUCAGGGAUGCCAUUGAAAAGUUAUUUCCUGAUGCCAUUAGAAUGCGAAUUGAAGACAUUCAACAGAAUAAUGACAUAGUCCAAAGUCUUGCAGCCUUUCAAAAAUAUGGGAAUGAUCAAAGCCCCUUAACUCCCAGCACAGGGCGAGUGAACCAGCAGAGAGGAGGGGGAUUCUUCUCCGGCGUACUCACAGCUUUAACUGGUGUAGCAGUCAUCCUGCUUGUGUAUCACUGGCGCAGCAGAGAUUCUGAGCAUGGCCUCCUGGUGCACAAGGCUGUGGCCAAAUGGACAGCAGAAGAAGUUGUCCUCUGGUUAGAACAGCUGGGCCCUUGGGCUUCUCUGUACAGAGAAAGGUUCUUAUCUGAAAGAGUAAAUGGAAGGUUGCUUUUAACUUUGACAGAGGAAGAAUUUUCCAGGGCACCAUACACCAUAGAAAACAGUAGCCACCGAAGAGUCAUCCUCAUGGAGCUAGAGCGGGUGAGAACUCUGGGUGUGAAGCCACCCCAGAACCUCUGGGAGUACAAGGCUGUCAACCCAGGCAGGUCCCUGUUCUUGUUGUACGCCCUCAAGAGCUCCCCAAGGCUUGGUUUGCUGUACCUGUACCUGUUUGACUACACAGACUCCUUCCUACCCUUCAUCCAUACCAUCUGCCCUCUGCAGGAAGACAGCUCUGGGGAGGACAUCCUCACUAAGCUUCUGGACCUGAGGGAGCCCACAUGGAGGCAGUGGAGAGAAUUCCUUGUCAAGUACUCCUUUCUCCCAUACCAGCUGAUUGCAGAGUUUGCCUGGGACUGGCUGGAGGUCCACUACUGGACAUCACGCUUCCUUAUCGUCAAUGCCAUGCUGCUCUCUGUUCUGGAGUUGUUCUCUUUUUGGAAGAUCUGGUCGAGAAGUGAGCUGAAGACAGUGCCCCAGAGGAUGUGGAGCCAUUUUUGGAAAGUGUCUACGCAGGGGCUAUUCGUGGCCAUGUUCUGGCCACUCAUUCCUCAGUUUAUCUGCAACUGUUUGUUUUACUGGGCUCUGUACUUCAACCCAAUUAUUAACAUUGAUCUGGUGGUCAAGGAGGUCCGGCGUCUGGAAACCCAAGUGUUAUGAUCAGCAGCAAGGUCCAGGAGAGCCUGUGAGUCUCCCUGACAUCCAAGCUGUGACACUGAGAGAGGCACGGAACUCAUUUCUACCCCUGGUAAAGCAAAGUGCUGCUUCUGUGUCAAGGCUUCAACCAGGUCCCCUCCUCCUCUGUUUCUUGGACCUUGGCAUCUGACUGCUACCCAGGUCAGGUGGGACUCUUUGACUAAUACUCAGCCACUCUUCUUACGUGGACUUGGGAGGCUCAGGCUACUCUGGCCAACUGGAUGGAAGGUCGUGGACACAAUUCAGAGUGACAUGUCAGAAGACCUCCAUAGGCUGGAGGUGGUGGUGCAUGCCUUUAAUCCCAGCACUUGGGAGACAAAGGCAGGAGGAUCUCUGAGUUCAAGGCCAGCCUAGUCCUCAGAGCGAUUUCCAAGACAGCCAAGGCUACAGAGAAACCCUGUCUCAAAACAAAUAAAAAUAAAAAAAUAAAAAUAAAAAAGAAGGCCAUCAUGGUCUACUAGCCUUAACCUCAUGGACUGACAGUCCCCUAAACCAGGCUUGUUGGGGCCAGUCCUGUCCUGUGGGUCAAGUUUAGGAAAACAAGGAUAUAGAGUUUGGUCAUAGGCAUGGAUAAUUACAUAUACAAAAGACAGAGGAAAACCGAGAAUUUAAUCACAGUUUCUUAUUGAGUAGUGAGUAGGUUUCAGAGUAAACCCAGAGAAAGCUUCAGGCCGAGAGAGAAUGAUAGCUAUCUGUCUUGUUUCCUGUUUUGAUCAUUGGAAAUUCAAUUCUCCUUUCUGUGAGCAGGGAGCUGAGUCAGAUUCCCAUCAGGCUGAGCCUAGUCGGGUGACUGAGAGCACUGCGUGGGGUUUUGAAAAAUUUUAAUCUGCAGGAUAAAUCCAGUAUAGUCUAUUCAAGGAAACAUUUUGUAAGCUGCUCUCACAUCGUAUAAUAUAUAUUCUUUAUUGUCCUGUUCGGAAGUAUAGCAUCGGGUGUAAUUAUACCAAGUGCUGCCAUCAUAAAUAUGAAGUGAGCUGAAGGGUGACCUUUAUUUCUUGCCAGUGUAGAGUGUGAGCUUGUCAGCUUUGGCCUUAUGGAAACAAGCUUAAAUCCAAAGAGAGAGAGAGAGAGAGAGAGAGAGAGAGAGAGAGAGAGAGAGAGAGAGAGAGUGUGUGUGUGUGUGUGUGUGUGUGUGUGUAGAGAGCGAGCGAGAGAGAUAGACUUUGUAGCUCAUUAACCCUUUAAGAUUUCACUUAAACUUUGCAUUUGAAAGUCUGGGAAAUUACUUGAAAUAAAAAUUAAAGAUUUUUAUACAAAUAAAACCUCUAUAGAGAAAUCUGAUUGCUGAGGAAAUAGAAGGAAAUCAUGCAUUGCUUGAUGUGUUAUGACCCAAUCACGUUGAGUGGGGUGUUGAGCCAAGACGCUGCUUAGCGAUCUCUCCAGUGAAGGAAAAAUGUUCUUUCCCAGUUUUCUCAUGGAGCCCCAGUACCACCUGAUUUUGUCUAUAUGAGACAGCGACUCUGUGGUUCAGGCACCCUGUAGCAUUUGUGCAUUUCUGGAGACAACCCUGGAGAUUCCUUCCAGCUUUUCUUCCCCGUGAUGAAGUAGGGUGACUGACAAAAGUUAUUGUACUGGUAGUGGCUGUGGUAGGUUCGAUAGUGCCCAGGAUAGACCAUAAGUAGCCAGCCUCCCGAUAUCCCAUUCCCACCUAUGGCCUUCCACGCUGACCCCAUGUACACCAGUACCAUAUCUCAAAGAUGAGUAAUGCCCAGAUCUGCUCUGGGCAAAGAGGAGGUGUGGCCUAGAGCAACCAGAUGGGCUGAUGCUCUAGCUUCCAUUAGAGUGGGCAUGCUCACAGCCAGGACCACAGGCUUGCUCUAAUCCUUGAGUCUUCCUACCCUUCCAGGGAGGCUUAGUGACAUCAAAAGGGAGGUGUCCAUAUGAAACAUUCAGACAUCUCCAAAUCAGAGCUUUAUAUAGCUCAGGCUGGCCUCAAACUGGUUACAUAGCCCAAGAUGAUUUUAAGCUUCUGAUCUUUGGAUCUCUAGAAUUACAGGUGCAUGCAACCACGGCCAGUUUUAUGUGGUGUUAGUGAUGGAACUCUAGGCUUUGUGCAUGAAAGGCAAGCCCUCUGCUAACUUAGCAACAUCCCCUAGCCCAAAGGAAGAUUUCUUCACACAGAUCCUAAGAAACAGUUGACAAAUAGGAGAUGCCUCUGGUAUCCAAAAGUUGGCAGUACUAGAGAUGGAACCCUGGGCUUUAUUCCUGGUGAGGCAAGCGCCCUGCCACUGAGCCACACCCUCAGCCUAAUACUGCUUUUUAUGAGGCAUUAAAUUUAUGACAGAGGGGCUGGAGAGAUAGCUCAGAGUUUGAGAGCACUGCUUGCUCUUCCAAAGGUCCUGAGUUCAAUUCCCAGCAACCACAUGGUGGCUCACAACCAUCUGUAAUGAGAUCUGUUGCCCUCUUCUGGCCUGCAGGGAUACAUGCAAACAGAACACUGUAUACAUAAUAAAUAAAUAAAUCUUAAAAACAAAAAUUUGUGACAGAAAAGACUGAAAAUAAUAGGGCAUAGUCUCAAUUACAUCUUCUAAAACUAGAAAAAGCACAGUGCACAUACACAACACACAUAUAUAAAGGGGAUUUAUUAGAAUGAUUUACAAAUUGUUGGAUGACAGCUAAUCCAACAAUGGCCGGCUGUGAAUGGAAAGUCCAAGAAUCCUGUGGUGGUUCAGUCCAACUGGGUGAGCUGGGUGUCUCAGCUGCUCUUCAGUAUACACUGGAAUCCCAAAGAAAUAGGCUCUAAUGCUACUGAAGGACUAGAUUGCUAGCAAGGCAAAGGCAGGCAGGCAAAGAAAGGACUUCUUUCUUCCUCAUCUUUAUACAGGCUUCUAGCAGAAGGCGUGGCCCAGAUUAAAGGUGUGUCUUCCCACCUGAGGAUCCCAAUUAAGGGGGAUCCUCAAAGGAUGUCACCUUUGAGGUGUCUUCCUAGCUCCAAGAUCUGGAUUAGAAGUGGAUCUACCUACUUCAAAUUAAGCAAAAAUUUCUCAUAGGUGUGUCCAGCAUUUUUGGAUUUUAGUUAGGUCCAGGAAACAACCAAGAACAGCCAUCACAAAUCUACUCCUUGUUAACUUGACACAUAAUCAUAUGUCCUUAGGUCAUGAUUAGUUAACAAAUAAAAACAGCCAGGUCAUAACACGUAAACAUAAUAUAACGAUUCCACAUACAGUUAACAAAUGCAUUAUAUAUUUAGCCAGUCAUAAUUAUGCCUAUCAUAAUAUAACUAUCACUUGCACAACCGCACACAUACUAAAUGUAGAGUAGUGUCCCUUGAGGGACAUUCUUUUAGUAUCUCAAACUUAAAUAUAAUAACCAUUGAUAUUCUCUUAAUUGAUGUUAUAUCACAUGAUAAAGAAAUUGAGGAAAAAACCAAAUAUCUAUACAAAUGCAUUUUUUUUUUCAAGACAGGGUUUCUCUGUGUAGCUUUGUGCCUUUUCUGGAUCUCACUCUGUAGCCCAGGCUGGCCUCGAACUCACAGAGAUCCACCUGCCUCUACCUCCUGAGUGCUGGGAUUAAAGGUGUGCGCCACCACCAACCGGCAUGCAUUUUAUUUUUUAUUUUUUUGGUUUUUCGAGACAGGGUUUCUCUGUGUAGUUUUGGUGCCUGUCCUGGAACUCACGCUGUAGACCAUGCUGGCCUCGAACUCACAGAGAUCCACCUGGCUCUGCCUCCCAAGUGAUGGGAUUAAAGGCAUGCGCCACCACUGCCUGGCUCAAAAGUUUUAUAUACAGAAUCACCACCAAUUCCAUUGCUGCCCACAACUGGUGAAUCAGGAAAAUAAAAUGUAUUUAUCUCCUUAA